UUAUUUAUAGCCGGAAAACGCUCCCGAAACGCAACUCAUGCAACGCGUACAUCGCGCACACACGAUUAGUAUUCGAUUCGAUUUUCAGCUGAGUAGUAGCAUUACCCAUACUAACACUCAUAGACAACUCAAAGUUUCUUUUUUUUAUUUCUACGAUUUUGUCUAAUUUACUCACCAUAAACAGUUGCGUUAACGCGUAUUUAAUUGAGUUGUUGAGAACGGAAUAAUAUGGGCAACAGCUGAUCGGAAACGUUCUGUGUGGCGGUCGCGAAACGGGGUGGGACUGGUGGGAGAGCAGAGUAAAUGCGUUGUGCGGUACUCGAUGUGAAACACGAGUGGUUGUCACGCGCCGGCUUGGAAUACGAGAAAAACGCUGGGUGAUAAACGUUGGUUGGGAUUGUUGAUUGGCCACGAAGUAAAUUUGCGAAGUGAGAGGCAAGGAUACCGAAGACUUGCUGAUACAUAUGAGGGAUUCAGCAAGCACGAUCGAAAUACACGUUCGGCACGAGUCCAACACGGCGUGACGUACCAAUCAACACCGAAAAUGAUCCCAUCAAUACCCAAAUCUAUCCUUAUACUCUAAUCAAAUCAAAAACCAAUAAUAAACAUUUACCUAUAAAUUUUCUACUCCUUAUUAUUUCUCUACUCUCCACCCUAUAAUCCCAACACAACAUGGAUUUCUUCAUCGGUGGAUUAUCUGCAGCCGGUGCCUCCUUAUUCAGUAAUCCUUUAGAUGUUCUCAAAACACGUAUGCAACUGCAAGGCGAAUUGCAAGCCCGUGGCCAACAUGCAGUCCACUACCGGAAUGUCUUCCAUGCGGCAGUGGUAGUGGUAAAAAACGACGGUGUUUCCGGCCUGCAGAAGGGACUAGGCGCCGCCAUCUUUAUGCACUUUAUACGCAACUCAAUACGAUUAGGCAGUUAUCAGUAUUUAGUCAAACAGGGUAUGGUGACAGAUGAUCGGGGAAAGACUAUUUUUUGGCGCAGUGCAUUGGCAUCAGCAGCAACAGGCGCAGCGGGUGCUUUCUUUGGAAGUCCAUUGUUUUUGAUUAAGACACAAUUGCAGAGUCAAGCAGCGAAACAAAUCGCUGUGGGGCAUCAGCAUCAUCAUACGGGGACACUUGUUGCGUUGAAACAGAUUUAUCAUACUUACGGAGUUAAAGGACUUUGGCGUGGUGGCUAUGGAACAAUGCUCCGUGCGGUUUUCGGGUCAUCUGCGCAACUCACCUCCUUCGCCAUGUCAAAAGACGUUCUCAGCCAAUACGAUUUGUUUAAAUCCUCACCGCUGCUCACGUCGUUUGUCGCUUCAGUCAUGGGCGGAUUCUUUCAAACUGCGAUGAUAACACCUUUUGAUUUAAUUUCCACACGGAUAUACAAUCAACCUGUGGAUAUUAAUGGGAAAGGCUUAUUAUACACCGGAAUCAUCGAUUGUUUCGUCAAAAUAUGGCGGACGGAAGGUGUGCUUGGUUUUUACAAAGGAGUCGGCGCGAUAUACAUGCGAUUGGCACCACAUGGCGCCCUCUGUCUUGUCUUUUGGGACCUAUUGAAAGAUGCGCAGAGUAAAUAUAUACAAUGACAGGCGCAUUACACGCCAUUUUGAUAUUUGUAUAACAAAUUAAUUGCCAAGAUGUGAUCGCCAUUUUUGUACUUAGAAAUCAUCCAAAACGAAAAAAGAGUAGCAAUAAGUGAAAUUAUAAAAAAUAUAUUUAAUAUUACGAUUUUAA